AUGAAAGGCUCGCACCACUUGGAGCCGUGUGGUCCUGGCUUGUCUGCGCCUUCGCUGAUACCAGCACAGAGGAAGAGGUAGUCAGUCUUGUUGGAGCCGAGCUGCGUGAGGGAUUCGGCAGCGAACGACUUGACGGUCUUGAGAUCGUUCAGCUCGAGCGGCAGGAUGCUGAGCGAGUGCAGGGCGCGAUCGUAUUUGAGCGCGUCAAAGGCAUCUUGAGUGCGCUUGAGGUUACGGGCACCAACAAUGACCUUGUACGGCUGGGACUGCUCAAGAAGCUGCUUGAUCACCUCAAAGCCCUAGACAGGGAGUUAGCGGGGUGUUGA